UGUAAAACAGCAUCUCGGCGCGUACAACACAAUGUUUCAGAACGAUUCUGUUAUAUCUCAGUUGACGCCCUUGUCGGCGUCGAAAUGAAAUGAAAUGAUUUGUAUGGGCGAGGACACAACUGUCGAACUUCAACCUCUUUGCGCGAUAUCAACUCAACUUGAUGAUUAUGUUCAACACCCGCAUACGCCAACAAUGCUCGCGACAGGAAGCACAAUCUACGAUGCUUUACCGCUACCUCCUCGCUCUAAGUUUAUUAGGGUCUUAGACAUCAAAGGAUCCGCUAACUUGGAGGAUCCGCUUGUUAGUUAUAUCCAGGUAAUUUCUUUAGAUCGUGUCUUUGAAACCCCUUUCACGGCUCUCUCCUACGUUUGGGGAGGCUAUUCUACUCCGAAAGAUACCAUCCAAUGCGGAACGGAUCAGGUGCCAAUCACUACGAACUGCAGAGAUGCGCUGCGACAGUUGCGAAUGAUUACUAAGGGAAAGCUUACUAUAUGGGUCGAUGCUAUAUGCAUUAAUCAAGGAAACGAUAAAGAAAAGGAGGAUCAAAUCCCUCUCAUGGGCGAGAUAUACAGCCGAGCAGAAAUGAUAUACAUUUGGCUCGGCAGUGGCUCCCUCGCAAGUCAACGGGCGAUCUCCUGUCUUGGUCUGGCGGCACAGCGCAACUAUCUGCCCCUGGAUCCGGAGCGCGUCGAUAGAAAGGCGCGACGGACUGACCGAGCUAAAUUCGCCUUAAAAUUACUCCCCCCGUAUAUCUUUUUCAAGUCCUACUAUAAUGGGUGGAAAGAAUUUAGACUCCGACGAGCUUAUGAACCCAAGGACUUCGAAGAGCUCCUCGGGAGAGACUGGUUCUCAAGAGCGUGGACCUUCCAAGAGAUUAUUUUGGCCCGCAACUCUAUCCUUCUCUGUGGCUCUAAUUCUCUUCCGUGGGUCGAAUUCAUAAGGGGGUUUGGAAGUUUAUAUAAUAGCUCUAGGAUUAGAACCGUAACCCCAGUCACGAGAAUCACUCACUACGGAAACGCGGACAAUGUUGUUAUUCUCGAGAAGGAACAACAGACGCCAUCGACUCGUCACUUACCAGACACUUUCCGAGCUUUCGAGAGGGUCAUCCGAUUGUGGACUGGCACUACGAGGUCCUGGGCACUCAAAGACCGACCGAUAGAUUCUGGGCCAUGGAUAGAGUCAUUCUAUCAUUUCCAAGAAUCCUACAUCAAUCUCCACGAUUCACUUCUCCCCUACUCCAAACUCGGAAGGAUUUACUAUUCUGUCACAAGUUUCGGUUCCCUCUUGCUCGUCUUAAUACCCCCCCUCGCAGCCCUAAUUUACCUAGAUAACACGCGGCCAUCCAAAAGCGCGGACACAGCCUUAGGUGUAUGGGUAUUUUUCAUGGCUCUCCUCCUCUUAGCCCAGUACAUCUUAACGCGUAUGUCCUGGUGGUGGCUCCCACGGAAAGGACCCUUUGGUGACGCCGACGAAUACAACGAUGCACGCGUCACCCACACCCUCGUCGAAGGCAUCAUACAGACACUCAGGCAACGCCAAGCCACAAACCCGAAAGACCGGGUUUUCGCGCUUUAUGGUGUUCUCGAGCGUUCCGGACUCAGCGAUCUGCCACGACCCGACUAUGGCAAUCCUCAAGGACUGAUCUAUCAUGAAUUUUUCCAAGACAUAAUGAAAUGGCAGAAAUCGAGCAUGAUCUUGCUACUCGACGCCGGAAAGAGGUUAAAGGAUAACCCGGAUAUGUACGACGCCCCGAGCUGGGUACCGGAUUGGAGUAGCCCACUUCCCGAUCCCACGGUUUCCGCGAACUUCUUUCUGAGCGGGAAAGACAGGAAAUUUGAUGCCACGUUAGGAGUCGAAGCGUAUGUGCAAUUUACCACGAAACCAGAAGAGCUCGUCGUUCGUGGGCAUUGGUGCGGCUCCAUCACCUAUGUGACCAAUGUGUUCCAUGCAAUACCCAACAAUCUCAUGUACAACGAUAUCUUACAGUAUCUGGCGGCUCCCCAUGGCCCCAUCGCCUCCUUCAUAGGCUGGCUGUGUGUCGUCGCAUAUACAUCCCGCCCCCUGCGCCCCCGCGUUUCCAUGUUCCAAGCCAGUGGCGGUACAUAUACAGCUCUCACCGGCAAGCGCAGCGCAACCACGACGGUACUAGAGCCCGGCGACGACGCAGAUCUUCUUGACGCAUACUUCGCACUUACACAACAGACGGCCACAUACAGCACAAGCGACCUUUUCUCCGAGAUAGAGAGUGUGCUCGACGUAUUCACCUGGUCAAGGACGAGCUACGGCGUCGAGAACUGUAACUCAUACGAAGCUCGCAUAGGCACGGCACAGGCGUUGGCACUUGAUCCAAAGGUCUUGAAGACGUUUAUUUGGCUCGUCAAUGAUCUAGCACGUAACGAGCGGCGGCUGUUUGUAGCGUCGGAGAAUGUCGUGGGUUGUGGGUCCAAGGGCGCGACAGUGGGGGAUCGUCUUGCCCUCGUGGCUGGGUUGCCGGCACCGCUUGUACUAAGGCCGACGGACCCGAAUGUGAAAAACUGGUUCAAUGCAGACUAUGAAGUCAUAUGUUCUGCGUUUGUCGCACCUUGGAUGGAUGGCUCGGCCUGUCGGGCUUGGGAUAUGAAGGAAAUCAGGUUAGUUUAAUGAAUGGCGGGAUAAUAAGGACUGUGGCUACGUCGCGAUGGAGUGAGGAAUGAUUUAUGAUUAAUAUUUUCUGUGAGGCUUUGACUAUA